UUCUGUCAUAAUCUGAUGUUUAAUCAUUAUUAUUUUUAAUUUCAAUAAUUUUUAAAAAAUGACUUCGGAAUCAACGACAACAUCGUCUUCAACUACGAUGAUUGUCAAAGAAUUGAAAACUUUCAAUGAUGAUAAAGAUUGCGAUCAUACAUCGUCACUGUUGAAUGUUGAAAACUCUUCAAAAAUAAUUAAUCAAUCAGCUAGUCAUUCUAUUUCAAAUUCGUCAAGUGUUGAAAACGACGACGACAACGACAAAAGAAAAGAAGAAGAAGAGUUAAUCUAUUCGAUGAAAUCAAAAAUGUCCAUCACAAAUGAUCAUAUGGUUCAACAUAAUAAUCCAACAGCAUUAUCUUCAAGCGAAUCAACAAAAUUAGUAAAAAAAUCAAUAGAAAUUGAAAUAGAAACAGAAACACCAAAUGGUCAACCAUUAAACACAUCGGAUACUGAAAGUGAACAAAAUUGGAAUGAAAAUAAUUUCGUCAUGGAUGAAAAUGUAAAAGAAGAAGAUAGCCAAGUUGAAGAUGAAAUCGAAGAUUAUGAUAAUAAUGAUGAUAGUAAAAUAAAUGAUUGUAAUGUUAAUGACAAAAAUUCGUUAAAUGAACAAAAAUUUCCCGAUCCUGAUGCAAUCAAAAUGUUCGUCGGUCAGAUACCUAAAGAAUGGAAUGAAUCUGAUUGUCAUAAAUUAUUUGAAGAAUAUGGAGAAAUUUAUUCAUUAAAAGUAUUGAGAGAUAAAGAAACAGGGCAAAGUCGUGGCUGUUGUUUUGUUACAUUUUUCAGUCGUAAAUCAGCUUUAUCGGCUCAAGAUGCAUUGCACAAUGUAAAAACAUUAGAAAAUAUGCAUAAUCCAAUUCAAAUGAAACCGGCCGACAGUGAAAAUAAACAAGAAAGAAAAAUUUUCAUUGGUAUGUUGUCGAAAAAAUUCAACGAAAAAGAUGUUCGUCAAAUGUUUACCCGUUUUGGUAAUAUUGAAGAAUGCCUUGUACUUAGAGAUUCGAAAGGAAAUAGCAGAGGUUGUGCUUUUGUAACGUUCAGUACAAAACAAUGUGCAAUCAAUUCAAUAAAAACGAUACAUAAUUCAAUGACAAUGGAUGGUUGUUCAUUACCGAUUGUGGUUAAAUUAGCUUCUAAUAAUAUUCCUCAACAAAAACAAUCUAUAAACCUUACACCAGCAAAUAGUAAACAUCAUCAUCAUUCAUUAUCUACAAAAGAUUUUUUCGUUACUAACAAAGAAAAUUCAUCAUCAACAAAUUUAGUUCGAAAGCUAGUGCCACAGAUUUCGAACGGUACCAAUCUUCUGAAUAAUAACAACAAUCAACUUCGCCAUCAAAACAAUUCUCUACAACAUCCUCUAUUUUUACAUCCGACCUCGCUUGCAGCUCAAUCAUGUAUAGUUCAUCCGACACCACAAUUUGUAUCAUUAGCAGCGGCUGCUGCUGCAGCUGUUGCAGCUUCUGCAUCGACCAAUAAUAAUUUUAACAUGAUUAUGGCGACUAACAACAAUAAUGGAAAUAGCAAAAAUAGGAAUAGCCAAUCGGAUUCCGGCUCCGGAUCAUCAGUGAUUUCAUCGGGUUCUUCAACACCAGCCAGUCACGGACAUUCACGACAUCACCAUAAUUAUUCGAAGAUUUCAUCGUAUCAUCGACAAUCUUCAAACGGUCAUAGUGGUAGAAAUGGUUCUUCUUUAAAUCAAAAACAGCAAAAACAAUAUCAAUCGAAUACGGCAGCUGCUGCUGCUGCAGCCGCUGCCGCAGCUACAUUGGCAUCAACAAAUCCUUAUCUAGCAUUGGCUGCUGUCGCUGCUGCAGCUCAACAACAAAAACAUCAACCAUCAUCGACAAACCUAUCGUCUCAACAGCAACAAUCACCCCAUCAAAAUAUACUUGGUCAUAUGACCACGAACAUGCAUCCUGUAACCGACAUGACAUCAUCGAUUGUGAAUAUGAAUGCAACAGCUAAUCCCGGAAAUCAUUCAUCAUUUUACAGUGAUCCUUCGAAUAUUUUUAUCUAUCCAAAAACCGCAGACACUAAUAUAGCAUCUAAAAAUUCAGCUGAUCAACAUUCCCUAUUUAAUAAUAAUAAUGACCAAUCAAUUGUUGAUCACCAUCAUCAUCCUCAUUAUCCAUAUCAUCCCUCAAUAUCAUCGGAUUAUUAUCCAAUGAAUCCAUUGUAUAUGGUGCCUAAUUGUUGGCCUAGUCAAUCGGUCAUCAACCAUCCAUCACCUUUUUAUUCAACAACGAACAAUUGUUCUCCAUUUUUUGGUGCAUUUUCGCAUCCAUUACCGAAAGGUCAUCACCAUCAUUCACCAUAUUUAAAUCCAUUAACAAAUGGAUCUUUUGGAUUUGCGCAUUUAGGACCAUAUUUAGAUCAACAGUAUGGUGUAUCAUCAUUUGGACCAUCAAAUAUGGGUGUUAUUAAUAAUGUUAAAGGUAAAUCACUCAUCAGUAAUACCGGAAAUAAUGGAAAAACGACUACGAAAAGUUUAACGUCAUCAACAACGGCAUCUUCAUCAUCAUCUUUUAAAGCUAGAAGAAAAAAUUAUCGUCUAGAAAAGAAAAAAUUAACUGCUGAAUUGAUUUCGGCCAUCCAGGACCCGACAACGAUCGUUAUGUCUGAUUGGUUAAAAGUUCGUACAACCUUGAAACAAUGGAACAAAUAUUAUUGUGAAUUGAGACCCGGAUCCCUUUACAUGUAUAAAAAUCAAAAAACUUAUAAGCCUAGUAAUUGGGUCGGUACUGUGAUGUUAAAAAUGUGUGAAGUACUGGAACGACCAUCUAAAAAGGGUGGUUUUUGUUUUAAAUUAUUCCAUCCUCUUGAUCAUCCGAUCUGGGCUCCUAAGGGUCCACAUGGCGAAGAAUUCACUUCACUACUAUUCCCACUGCCCGUAUCAUCGGCCAUAUUUCGUGCGCCAUCCGAGGAAGCUGGACGAAAAUGGAUGGAAGCAAUUGAACUUUCAUUGAAUUGUACCGAUUUACUUGCCCCUAGACAUAUCGUUUCUCCGAAUAAUGCUAACAAUAAUGAGAAUGCAAUUGCCGAUAGCGUUAAUCGUGAUCAACGUCGUGAUUCCAUGCCAUUAUCACCAUUGAGUUCAUCAAUUAUUAGUACUAAUAGUGCACCAGAAUCGCAGACAUUGCAAAGUUUUAAUUAUAUUAACUCAGCAGAAGGUGAUCUUUUAAUUUGCAGCAACAACAUCAAUGAAAUUGAUAUUGAAACUCAUUUCGAUAUUGACGAUGAUGGCCAUACUGAUCAUGGCGAACAUGAUGAUUCAAUUGGUCAACAUUCAACUGAAGAAAGUGAUGAUUCAAUAUUCAUCGAUGAAGACUUCGAUGUGAAUAGUGGUAAUGUUGGAGAUCGUCAUGUUUUAACAAACAAUAAACUCAUCAAGCAAUUGUCUAAUGAUCAUUCCUUGAAAACUCCUAUUGAUAUACCCGAAAUUGAUGAAACAAAUUAUUGCUAUGAUGGGGGUAACGAAGAAUUCGGUUUGGUCGGCGAUGCUGGUCAAACUGAAGAGGUUCCCGAAGAAAAUAAAUCACUUUUAUGGACAUUGCUCAAACAAGUUCGACCGGGCAUGGAUCUAUCUAAAGUGGUGUUGCCCACAUUUAUUCUGGAACCACGAUCCUUUUUGGAAAAACUUACCGAUUAUUAUUAUCAUUGUGAUAUUAUCUCAAAGGCCGCCUUAGAAGAUGAUCCAUUGAUGCGAAUGAAAUUGAUUCUCAAAUGGUAUCUAUCAGGCUUCUACAAGAAGCCAAAGGGAUUGAAAAAACCAUACAAUCCUAUAUUGGGUGAAACAUUCCGAUGUUGUUGGCAUCACCCCGAUACAGAUUCACGUACAUUUUAUAUUGCAGAACAAGUUUCACAUCAUCCUCCUGUAUCAGCUUUUUAUGUGACCAAUCGUAAAGAUGGCUAUUGCAUUAGUGGAUCGAUAUUGGCUAAAUCAAAAUUCUAUGGAAAUUCAAUUUCUGCUUUAUUAGAAGGAACAGCUCGACUCACGUUAUUAGCUCGCGGUGAAGAUUAUCUGAUUACAUUCCCGUUUGCACAUUGCAAAGGAAUCUUUCUGGGACCAUUAGCAUUUGAGUUGGGCGGUAAAGUUACCAUUACUUGUGAAAAAACUGGAUACAAAAGUGAAUUGGAAUUCAAAUUAAAACCGUUCUUCGGGUCUGAUGAUCAAUGUAAUUUACUGAUCGGAAAAGUUCGCUUAGGUAAUGAAACGAUGGCUAGUAUUGAGGGCCAUUGGGAUUCGGAAAUAUUUUACAAAGAUAAGCGUAAAGGGGUGCCAGAGUUGUUCUGGUCUGGUAUCGAUCCAAAAGUAAAAAGUAGCCGUUUGAAGCGGUUUAUUGUGCCACUCGACACACAACAUGAUAAUGAAUCAGAAAAAUUAUGGCAUAAAGUAACAUUGGCCAUACAGAAACAAGAUCAAAAUAUGGCGACUGUUGAAAAAACGAAUCUAGAAGAAGCGCAACGUGACGCAGCGCGGCAACGAAGCUCUCGAUUAGAAUUAUGGCAACCAAAAUAUUUUAUUUUGGACAGCAAAUUUAAUGAUUGGCUUUAUCGCAUGGCCGAACUACGCCCUUGGGAUAAUAGAACUGAUGUUAAACAAUAUGAAUAUGAUUAUGUGAUACGUACACUAACCAGGCAUUUGAAUCCGAAUUUCAUUGCCAGAUCAUCGAACAAAACAAAUGAACAAUCGACCGAUAUGUCUAUUAAUACAAAUGUCCAUAAACAUAGACGUUUUCGUCGUCAGCAUACUUGUGCCGAUCCAACAGCCAUUGAUAUAAAUGCCGCAAACAAAAUGGCCGGAAUUCAAUCCGCAUUGGAUUCGCCACAGAUACUUGGUUCAUCAUCUAGCAACAGAAUUUUAAUACGUAACUUUGAUACAAUAAUGCAAAGAUUGUCCACACUUCAAGAAUCGAUUGAACGUGUUAAAGAAGAACAAUCUGUACUCAAAACACAGUUUCAUGAUCUUCAUUCGGCAGUCUCCAUCGCCAAUCAAUUAUCACGAUCAAGAGAUAAAAAAACAUUACACAGUGAUGGUUCAAGUGAUGGACCAUUUGCCAUUACAAAAAUGCAAAUUAGUCUGCUAUUCCAAUCAAUACCAUCAGAAAUUCGUCUCGUCAUCAUUGUUCUUAUAGUUCAUUUCAUUGUUAAACAUUUAUUUCAUUGACGCUAAUGAGUGUCAAAUUUUUUCGCUU